UUUUAUUUGAACAACAUAUUUGUAGUAAAUAUGUAUAUCCUUAGAAACGUUUCGGCGUGUGUAACCCAGAGUAUCAUUCUGUACAUCUUUGUAAAGAAAAAAAAAAAAAAAGUUUUCAUGUCUCGUGAGUGCGCUUUGGUGACGUAGGGUUCUACUAUUUACCCUGCCGAGUGCGGAAAGGUUUGGGUCGAAAACGUCAGGAUGACUGAAGUGAGCCAGCAGCCUUGGGGUGAGGUACCCGGCCAGGGCAGCGUGGACCUGUGGAUUCUGCGGGCCCCCAAGGUCAAAGUGGAGGUGCUGACUCUGGGUGCCAUCAUCAGGUCUGUGUGCAGUAAGGGGAGGGAUGGACGGCUGGAGGACCUGGUUCUGGGUUAUGAUCAUCUGGAAGGUUAUGUGUCAGAUCAGCGGUACUUGGGGGCAGUGGUGGGCCGUGUGGCCAACAGGAUCGCACGGGGAAGGUUUGCAGUGGACGGAACAGAAUACCAGCUGGAUAUUAAUAACGGACCAAAUGCACUGCAUGGAGGGCUGAGAGGCUUCAAUAAGGCCAUCUGGGUUGCUGAGGCGGUGGAAGGUGGUGUAUGUUUGAGUCAUACUAGUCCAGAUGGUGACCAGGGCUAUCCUGGAGAGGUACACGUCUCUGUCACCUACACUCUGCAGGGGGAAACACUGACACUUAAAUACCAGGCUCAGUCUACAAAAACCACCCCAAUCAACCUCAGCAACCACUCCUACUUCAACCUGGGUGGACAGGGUGCAGCAGAUAUCUAUGACCAUGAAGUGUCCAUUGGUGCUCAGUCAUACCUGCCUGUGGAUGACACAUCAAUUCCUACAGGAGAGGUAAGAGCAGUGGAUGGUACGCCCUUUGACCUCAGAAGUCCAGUUCUAAUUGGCCCUCAGUUGAAGAAAAUUCCACUGCCAGGGUUCGACCACAAUUUCUGUCUGGCUUUACCUGGAGACCCCUGGGCUGAGAGACACACUGCCAGGGUGUGUCACCCAACUAGUGGGCGUGUCCUGGAGGUGUCCACCAGCCAACCAGGAGUCCAAUUCUACACUGCCAACUUCUUGGAUGGCUCUGUGACAGGAAAGGGUGGAGUUAAAUACAAGAAGCACUGCUCCUUCUGUCUGGAGACACAGAAUUGGCCUGAUGCUGUUAACCAGGCCUUGUUUCCGGACUCUUUGCUGCAUCCUGGUGAGGAAUACCAACACAUCACCCACUUUACUUUCACCACUGUCUGACCUCCGUGACCGCCUAUUCUGGCCUGAAUGUACUUCUGUUCUUCUGUUAGUAUCAUUUUGAAGAUGAAGGGUAAAACUCUAUAACUCACAAAGAUGAAGAAGCACUUGGAUAUACAGAAAUAUGUGUUGUGUUAAAGGUCCAUGCUAGUGAUUUUUGAAUGUUUGGCCUGUUUCCUACAGUUUACCCACAUUUUACCUUGCAACAUAUCAUUUUGCAAAUCUUGUGGUACUAUGGAUUUGACAACACAUAAACAAAAUCCCUCAAUUUUCAAAUUAGAUUUUUUGGUUGUAACACCCACCUUAUAAUUUUAUGCUUCUGUAGCUAACAAAGUCAUCCGCAUUCAUAAACCACAUAACAGA